CUGGUCAACAACCCAUUUUCUAUCAACCAUCCUUUUCACCCACCAGUCCACCACUCUCCCACGUAUUUCCAUCCAAAGCAACAUUAUCUUUAUAAAAGAUUCUUUUUCCCUUUUUGAAGAUGAAGAGGCAACCUCUCUUCCUUGAACAACCACACAGAUAAGUUGUUGCGGCACUUGUUGAACCAAGUACUUGCGUCACGGAUCAAAUCAUUGAACUAGAGGACGACUGACCAUGGCCUGGACGACGAUCAUUGCAAGCGGCAGCAGCUGGAUGCAUUUGGCCGACGAUCGUGCUACUGGACGACGGCUGACGGCGGGCCAUGGGGCGGCAGCGGCACGGGUCGUGUGUUGGCUAUGGAGGAUGGCGGAUGGAGGCAGGGGGAUGGAUCUACGGAGGUGAGAGAAUGGAGACUAGGGUUGUAGAAAAGAGUAGAAGAGUAGGGUUUUAUAGAUAUACCUCAAGGGGUAUAUUUGUCCACCUAUAUUAUUUAUUUAAUUAAUUAUUACGAAAUUAAUUAAAUAUUAAUAAUAUUUUGGUAAAAAAAACUAGUUAAGUCAUAGAUUGAGAAAGUGAAAAAGUUUUAGUUAUACCUAGGGUAAUUAUCUCUAUAUAAUAAUAGAUACAAACCCUAAAGUUUGUAUACCAGCAUGCCACCGUUGCUAUUUGUCACUGUCGGCGCUGCUAUUUGUCACAACCAUCGAUUUUGUGCCUGCUAUCUCGGCAUCUCAAUUCACCAUCUAUACUCUCACCAUCGUCGUCUCCCUCUUUCAUUAUUUCUUGAAUUCCAUAAUUUUUCCAGGUUUUCUACUUCGCUUCUUUUCUUCUUCUUUUCUUCUUCUUCCUUUUCAUUCUCUGUUUUUUGUUUAAAAAUCAAAGUAUUCUCUUAUUUUGUUGUUUUUAGGAGAACUUUUUUAUUUGGAAUAUUUUGACUUUGCACCCCGUUUUUUGGGUGAUAUUGGACUUUGCACCUCAUUUUUAAAAUUUUUAGACUUUGCACACUAUUUCCCCUAAAAUUUAUUUGCCUUUGCACCCCAUUCGGGAAUUUUUCUUCACAAAAUGUUGUAUGAUAAGGAGCAAAGUCUAAAAGUUUUGAAAGUGGGGUGCAAAGUCCAAUACCACCCAAAAAACGGGGUGCAAAGUCAAAUUAUCCCUUUUUAUUUCAUUCAAUUUUAUGAGUUCUCAAUCAAUUUUUCUAACUUCUGGGCGUCGAUUUCAUAGUUCUGGUUUUUUAUUUCAUUAAAUUUUCGGUUUUAUUAAAAACUCUAGUUUUCCAGAUUUUGGAUUCUAGGUCCAUUUUUUGCCAAAUUCCUAUUAGUUUCGUGUAACACGAGUAUGUUUUAUGCAAGAAAAGUUAUACUUUCACAUUCAUUUGAAAGUACUGCCGAGUGUCAACUAUAUGGCAGAUUUGCAUAUGAGAUUAUGGUGGAAAAAUAUUAUUUUCUCUGACGAAUUGUUAAAUAGAAUGAAACAAAUUGCUAAUAUUUGGCUCAUAUUUUGUAUAAAAGAAGGAAAAACAAUUUUGUUUAUGUUGUCAAUAAAAUGUUUUUUGUAGCAAGAUGGCAUUUUGGAUGUUCAAAACUGGUGGUAGUGCCAACAGUGGUAAACGAUAAACGUUUUUAAAUACUUAUAAAUAAAAUAAGACGGAUCAUAAUUUUGUAUUGAGUAUUUCAACGGUGGCUUCUUUUAGAUAAAUAUAUAUACGAUAAACUAAUGGGUUUUUUCCUAAAUAUUACUACGUACUAAAAUAAAAAAUCAUUUACACAAUAUGACUAAUAGUUACUAUAAUGUAUUAUUAUGGUAACAUAAGUUUAAAACUUGAAUAUAAAUUACUAUGAUUUCAUUACUAUUUUAAUCACAUUUUUGUAAAAAUCUUUAUUUUAACAUAAAUAAGUAAUUAUUUCCGUAUUAAUUUGGUCAAUAACUCCAAACGUUGGAUUUGUUUUGUGUAAUAAUAAGCCAAAAAUAAAAUACUACCAUUACUUAGAUCGAUCCGAUGCGUGUGAGAGACUUAGAGGUAGUUAGCUAAUUAAAGCAUUGCGAUAGGUAAAUACGAGUAAUUUACCUGCCGGCGGUUUUUGGGAGGCCUUCUUGUGUUCUUUUUAAUAGAGUAAUUAAUAUUUAUUAAUUAGGUUUCCAUAUUUCUUAUGUUUCCUAAUGUACUCAGAACUCUAUUCAUUAUAUAUUUGACAUCUAGGGCUCCCAAUUGGGUAAGCCAUUCCAUUAUUCUCACAUGGUAUCAAGAGCUCUAGGUUUUAGCCAAAAUUAAAUUUUUUUUUUCGGUUCCAUGGCAUCUGAAAGCUCCACCGCAGCCGCCGCAUCCCAGGCUGUCACCGCUGCCAUUGAUUCGCCGCCGGCCAUAACUGCACCUGUGUUGAGCGCGACAGACACAUCGAAUUUCUCUGGCCAUUCGCAGACGGCGGCUCUCUCCUCCACAGGUGAACCGCUUCGCUCGCAGCCCUACUCGGUCUUUCCCUCUACGGUUCCGGCAGCGCCGUGGGUCCCCCCCGUUUUCACCUGGACUCCGUCAGCGCCAACCUUCAAUCCGAUAAUCCAGCCACAACGCUCGCAGCAAACGGACGUCUCCAGCAGCUUUGGCGGCCCUCGGUUCGCAGGACCCACCCUGGCGGGCAGUCCGGGGUUGCACCUGCCUUCGGCCGGAAUUCUUGGGCAACAGUCCACUCCUAUGCCCUCGUCUUUUGCCUCGCUCGCUCAAGGCAUGACGUUUGGGGCCUCGUUUACACAAAUUGUUACUUCUAAAUUGGUGGCUGUUGAAGAUUAUUUGCCAUGGCGCACUCAGUUUGAAUCCUUCGUGGUAGCUAAUGGUCUUUUAGGCUUCCUGGAUGGAUCUCUAUCUGCCCCGCCAAUGUAUACGUAUGAUUUAUAUCAGGCUCAGUCCCCGAAUCCUGAGUAUUAUCAUUGGCUCAAGUUAGAUCAAGCGGUACGUGCAUGGAUCUUUGCAACUCUCUCUCGUGAUAUCUUGAUGGAGGUACAUUCCUUGAAAAAUUCCUUGGCCAUCUGGCAACGUUUGGAGUCCCGAUUUAUGGCAGCCAGUCUUGCACGCUCCAUGGAAUUAAAACAAAUGCUUACACGCACUCGGAAGAAGGACAAUCAGACCAUGGAGGACUACAUUCGUGGGAUUCAAAAUAUUGCUGAGAAUUUAGCCGCAAUUAACUCUCCGUUCUUCUCCUGCACCUUCUCUGCCAAAUUGUCAUCCUAUGCAAACUCGUGCUAAAUCGGGAAUUUUUAAACCCAAACAUAUUUUUAAUCUCAAAACAGAUGUUUCGGCAUGUGAUCCUUCUUGUUUUUCUAUGGCAAAUAAAGAUGCUAAAUGGAGGGCGGCUAUGGCAGAAGAGUUUAAUGCUUUAAUUGACAAUCAUACUUGGGAUCUAGUUCCAUUUAAUGCUAGUAAAAAUGUGAUCGGGUCUAAAUGGAUUUAUAAAACAAAAUUUAAGUCUGAUGGGUCUGUUGAGCGUUAUAAAGCACGCUUGGUUGCACAGGGAUUUACUCAACAAGCUGGUGUGGAUUUUUCUGAAACCUUUAGUCCUGUUGUCAAACCCACCACUGUUCGUAUUGUUUUAUCUCUUGCUAUCUCUUGCCGAUGGAAUAUUCAUCAGUUAGAUGUCAAAAAUGCAUUUCUUCAUGGCAAUCUAACUGAAGAGGUUUAUAUGCGCCAGCCUCCUGGGUUUGUACAUCCACAAUUUCCUAAUCAUAUUUGUAGGCUCCGGAAGGCAAUCUAUGGACUUAAGCAGGCUCCAAGAGCCUGGUUUUACAGGUUUAGCAGUUUUUUGUUAACCCAUGGUUUUGUUUGUAGCAAGUCAGAUAAUUCUUUAUUCAUUUAUCGCCAUGGGUCUCAUAUUCUCUAUCUCCUCUUGUAUGUGGAUGACAUUAUUAUAACUGGUAAUUCCCCUUCCUUUAUUUCCACAUUUAUCUCUUGUCUUGGUCGUUGUUUUGCCAUGAAGGAUUUGGGGGAUUUACAUUUUUUCCUAGGUGUCCAAGCUGUUCGAACCUCCUCAGGUUUGUUAACAGAUCUGAUCUAUUAACCCGGUUUCAUCUUCACACCCUUAAACCUGUUCGUACUCCGCUACCUACUCGAACUAAGUUAUCUCUCACUGAUGGUGAUCUUCUCGUAGAUCCUACGGAGUAUCGAAGUAUGGUAGGUGCUUUGCAGUAUUUGACCAUGACUAGACCAGAUAUUACAUUUGCUGUUCACCUGGUUUCUCAGUUUAUGCAGGCACCUCGUACUUCACAUAUUUUGGCUGUUAAGCGUAUUUUCAAGUAUCUUCAGGGAACUCCGAACCAUGGUUUGCUCCUGCAGCCGAGCACUUCUUCUCCUAUUUUACAAGCGUAUUCAGAUGCGGACUGGGCUGGUUGUCCUGACAGUAGUAGAUCCACUUCAGGCUUUGCUAUUUUUCUAGGCCCUAAUUUAAUUUCAUGGAAAUCCAAGAAGCAACCAACAGUCUCUCGUUCUUCCACAGAAGCAGAAUACAGGGCUAUUACUUACACAGUUCAAGACAUUCUCCACAUCCGGUCUAUAUUGUUUGAAUUAGGCAUACCUAUUUGCCAGCCUGUUCGGUUAUUGUGUGAUAAUAUUUCAGCCUCUUAUUUAUCCACAAAUCCUAUUCAGCAUGCUCGGGGCAAACACAUCAGCAUUGAUUAUCACUUUGUUCGUGAGAGAGUUUCACAUGGAGACCUGGUUGUUCGCUAUGUUCCCACACAGUUCCAGCUUGCAGACAUUUUUACCAAAAGUUUAUCUCCGCAACGCUUCAUUUUUCUCAGAAACAAUCUGCGCAUUGUGUCCCCUGCACAGCUUGAGGGGGUGUAAUAGAGUAAUUAAUAUUCAUUAAUUAGGUUUCCAUAUUUCUUAUGUUUCCUAAUGUACUCAGAACUCUAUUCAUUAUAUAUUUGACAUCUACGGCUCCCAAUUGGGUAAGCCAUUCCAUUAUUCUCACACUUUUCUCAUGCUCUCUCCUUCCAUUUUCAAUUCACUAUAUAUUUUACUCCGUAUAUUGUUAUGUUUGUUGUUUUGAUUUGGUUCAUGGCUGCCCCAAUAUAUAUACACACAGCUCGUUGUAUAUUUGGUCCCUAACUUAAGGGCACUAAUCUCAGCUUUAUUCAGCAACUUUAAUUUAGUCAAUGUGUUGUGUCGGUGACUUGCUCAAUUUAGAAAUGAUUGCCUCAAAGUAGUUUUUUUUGCAGUCACGAGUGUGACGUAGUUAUGUGCCCUUUUUGCUCAGUUUAGGAGUUUUUAUUUGUUUUUUAUAGUUUUCUCAGUUAUCCAAAUUUAGGAAAAUUUUGAUUUUGAAAUUUUG